AACUGCCCUCUCCUAUUUCCUGGACUUUGUUUCAAUAUUUUACUUUUUCUCGUGCAGUUUCGUGGUAUUUUGAGCAAACGGUAGUUAAUGCCGUGUGCGAUGCUAUGCUAUUAGUUUUAUAUUCCUAUAUGUGGCUUGAUUAUAAUCAUAGGUUCAAGCUGCAAUUUCACCGUCGGCAACCGGGCCAUCUUCUUCGCUUGUCACAAGAUUGCCGAAACCUUUGGCUCUCCCUGCCCGGGAUUCCCGAGCCGACAAGCGAUGGUCUGCCUGCACCGGUUAUUCCCCACGGACUGGCCAAGCUACCCCGGCAAAUUCGCGCCUUCAACAAACGGCCUUUCUGCCAAUACCGCAUCGGCACUCUGCUUCGCGUUCAUCGGGUGCCUAGGCUAGGAGGCAUGGCGCGAUCAUGAUGCCCUUUCUCUCGGCGUGGUCUGGCCUCCCGAUUGGAGGGCUGACAGAGGCUACUUCUAGCUGUUCAUAUACAUACAUGGCUGUCGUUAAAUUCGUUCCCUGCCCCGAUCGUCCCCCAAGCCGAAGAGAAGUUCCGUGGGCAAGAGAGCACCAAUAACUCAGAAUGGCAGACAAGCCUGAUUGGAGUGCCGCACUGAGGCCCGCUCCUCCAGACGGGGCGACUAUUAUUGCGCAGGAGAGAGCCAGGUCGAGUAUCCCAGUGGACCAGCUGGCCGGCUAUCUUCUUACUCCUGACUUUCUCGAACGACAGGACCGGGUGCUGAAGGUAUUGCUGAAAGAGCCAGUUUUCAAAAAGACGAAUCAGGCCAACCUGUCCAGGCCCGACAGAUACAAACUGGGCCUUGCCCGGGGAAAGAAGAUCCGCCAGCUGAAGGAAAAACUGGGCUGGGAUGAGGAGGACUACCACAUGGCCGCUUAUCUGUGCGACGAUGUCUUGCCGUACCACCUGCAUACCGCGAUGUUCAUUACGACUGUCAGCCAGCAAGGAAGCGAUGCCCAGAGAGCUCGUUGGGUGCCUAGGAUCGAAAGGUGGGAGAUUAUCGGGGCAUAUGCACAGACAGAGCUGGGCCACGGCAGCAACGUUCGUGGAAUCGAGCUGGAAGCGAGAUGGGAUCCCGAGACGAGGGAGUUUAUUCUUCACAGCCCCCAUCUUACCGCGAGUAAGUGGUGGAAUGGGACUAUGGGGCGCACCGCUACCCACGCGAUUGCAGUCGCCCAGCUGAUGCUACCUGUAUCGGGUAAAGGCGCUGAAACGAAGUACAAGUCGUACGGUCCGCAUCCGUUUAUCGUGCAAAUCCGCGACUCAAGAACACAUCAGCCACCAGAGAGCAUAAUUAUUGGAGAUAUUGGUCCAAAAUACGGCUAUGCAUCGAUGGAUAAUGGGUACAUGUUGUUCAAUAACCAUAGGCUUGCCCUCGCUCGCGCAGUCACAGUAGCUGUUCGAUACCUAUCCAUCCGACGUCAGUUUAGAGACAAAGAUUCAGAUAAUCCGUCCGACCCUGAAAUGCCCGUUCUGGACUACUCGACCGUGCAGGUCCGUAUCUUUCCUCUGCUAGCCACCGCAUUUGCCCUUCACUAUAGCGGCAAGGCGAUGGGGGAGCUAUACGCGCGAACUCGGAAGAAUAUCGAAGAGGACGGAGAUUUCGAGACUCUGGCCGAACUGCACAGCACCUCAUCCGGCUUGAAGAGCCUUGCCACCGAUCUCACCGCUGGUGGUAUCGAGAUCUGCCGUCGAGCUAUGGGCGGGCAUGGGUUCGGGGCAAGUGGUCUUGUGCAGCUUAACGCGAACUACUUAUCCAAACCGACUGUUGAAGGGGAUAACUGGAUGAUCACGCAGCAGGUUGCUAGGUAUCUGAUCAAGAAAGCCAAGGCUCUAUCGGCGUCUGCAAAGAGCCGUGCAGGUGCUCGAACAGAGGAGAGCCUGAAACGAUACUUGUAUGCGAGGCAGAAGACCUUAAAUUUGAAGGUAUACGAAGACGACAACGCUAUUCUGGAGGCAUUCGAGUGGAGAACAGCACAUCUUGUAUUCAAAGCAUAUGAACAGCGAGAAAUCCAAAAGAAAUCCUGGAACAGCCUUCUCAUUGACUUCCACAAGCUAAGUCGAGCAUACUCCCAAUCCAUCCUCAUCCUCAAUUUCCACCAGGCCCUCCAACCCAACAACCCCGAAACCGCACGUCUCGACUCCACGACCCGCGCAGUCCUCCGCGACCUCUUCCUCCUCUUCGCCUUCACCACCAUGGAUGCCGAGGCCCGAGAAUUCUGCAGCUCAGGAGCGGUGUCGAACGACGCCCUCGACGCUCUGUCCGCACGCAUACUCGAGCUCAUGGGCCGGAUACGUCCGCACGCAGUCCGGCUGGUGGAUGCGUGGAAGAUCCCGGAUUUCUUGCUCGAUAGCGCUCUGGGGAGAUAUGAUGGGAAGGUAUACGAAGACCUAUUCGAUCGGGCGCACAGACAGAAUCCGCUGAAUGCUGAGACGUUCAAUCCGGAUUAUCGUAGCGAUGAGAUUGUUUUGGGCAGUGGAGAUGCCGGACAGAUCUUGUCGAAGUUGUGA